UGAUCAUUUUAGGCCACUGCCGAAAGUCAGAAGAUCUACAAGGAAAAAUGGAUGACAUUGACCCUGACCAUGUUGCCUUGCCACCUGACCAAAGUCCUGAAGUCCGCAGGCUAUGCACAGAAUUGUUUGAAAAGCUGUCCGAAUACUUACAGGGGGAACUUGCAAUGACAUCAGAAGACUACAGACUUCUUGAGCAUAUGAACAGAAUCACUAAGGAUAAAUAUGAAAAUAUGACAGAAGUAGCAAAACAAGUUGGUACAUCACUCCAUCAAUUGAAUGAUAAGUAUAGAAAUUUAAAACCAUACCUGGAGCAGAUUGAUCAACUGGAUGCUGCAGUAACAGAUUUGGAAAACACUGCUUAUCAACUUGAUGCUUACUCUAAAAAACUAGAGGCUAGGUUCAAGAGUUUAGAAAAGAAGUGAGUACAUCAAAAGCCAGGAAUUCUGCAUUCAUGCAGUGUAUGAAUGCAGUGUACUUCACAGUAACUUGAUGUAGUACUUGAGUAAGAUGAUAAUCACAGAUAAACUUUCAAACUUGAUGGAGAUGCUGCCAUUGCCAAACAGCCAUCGGAUGGUUGAGUUCCAGCGCAGAACCUUGGGAGACUAUUGAUAGAUUUUAUAAUACCAUGUUGCAAUUGUUAGAAUCAUCCCUAAAGCAAACAUCAAUCACUGCUGUUACAAAUACUGAACCUAAUUUUGUCCUCCUCAAAUCUGUCCUGUGAAUAAGCUUGUAUCGGCAUCAUGUGUGGAAUCGGAAAAAUGUAGAAGAAAAUCAGCAACAUAGGCAACCCUGUGUAUAUGGACGUCGUCACAUUCUGCCUUGCAUGUCUGUGAAAGGAGAAAGUUACCUGGUUUAUCGAACAACGUGUUAGAGAUUGUCGUCAUUAUGUGCGUUAACUAUGCUAAAGAUAGGCUUGUAUACAGCAGAUUUGCCCAUCUAUGCCCAUUUUCUUUUGUUUUGAUGCGAUUGUUACCCACACCAACCAGGUACAAUAAUUGUAUGUGUAGCCAUGUGUGCCAUGGUUGCUAAGAUGUGCUUUCUCUUAUAAUGCGAAUAUUGCUUCUUGAUCACAUUUGUAUAUAUUAUAUGUGUAAAUAAAUGUUGCUUUGUAAUAUAUAA